GUUCCACCACCUGAACCACCGCCUGCUGCAUAUAUAGAGAAAGAACGAACCAAAUUCCUCAAUCAAUUUAGAAAAGUACAAAUACCCAUUAGAAAUUUGUUCAAGAAAAAACCCUUCAAUUUCCAUCUCCAUCAUUGAGAAACCUAAGCUUUACUAUAGUGAAACAGAGAAACAACAGAGGGGACGAUGUCGAAUCAAGAUCUUGAACGAGGAGCGGCUAAGAAUCCACCCAAUACUAACCCAAAUGGCAACUAUUCAACUUCUCCUUACUACAUAGAGACUUCUGAGAAGCAAUGGACGCCAUGGUUGGUUCCUAUGUUUGUUGUGGCUAAUAUUGCUAUGUUCAUUGUGGUCAUGUACGUCAAUGAUUGCCCCAAUUCCAAUCUCGGUUUUAGAGAUAAGUGUGUGGCUGGUUUUCUUGGGCGAUUUUCGUUUCAGCCUCUCAAGGAGAAUCCACUGUUGGGACCUUCUUCCAAUACAUUGGUGAAAUUGGGAGCUUUGAAGUGGGAUAAGGUUGUUCAUGAGCAUCAAGGAUGGAGACUUUUCUCCUGUAUCUGGUUGCAUGCUGGAAUCAUUCAUCUUCUUGCUAAUAUGUUGAGUUUGGUUCUGAUUGGGAUCCGCCUGGAGCAGCAAUUUGGAUUUGUGCGUAUUGGGAUAAUAUAUCUCGUGGCUGGAGUUGGUGGGAGUGUAAUGUCUUCCCUGUUCAUCCAAAACAAUAUUUCUGUUGGUGCUUCUGGUGCUCUCUUUGGACUUCUGGGAGCUAUGCUAUCCGAGCUUUUGACGAACUGGACGAUUUAUACCAAUAAGGCUGCUGCACUCUUCACCCUCAUCGUCAUCGUUGUUAUUAACUUGGCAGUUGGAAUUCUACCUCAUGUCGACAACUUUGCCCACAUUGGAGGAUUCUUAACAGGGUUCCUUCUCGGGUUCGUGUUGCUUGUCCGUCCACAGUUCAAGUGGACAGAGCGCCACUAUCUCCCACCUGAUGCUCAACGUGUACCUAAGUAUAAAACUUAUCAGUAUAUUCUCUGGCUUGCUGCUGCAAUUCUACUAGUUGCUGGCCUUACUGUGGGCAUGGUGAUGCUGUUCAGAGGAGAGAAUGGAAACAAGCACUGCAGCUGGUGCCAUUACUUAAGUUGUGUGCCAACCUCAAGAUGGGACUGUGGAAAUUAAUCACUUUUGGUUUAUGUGUACAUAGUUACACUUCUAAACUUCACUUUUUAGUCUCUCAGGUUUUAGUUUGCUUUUGGCUCCAUGUAUAUGAAUAGUUUAUGAGGUUUUUUUAUAUAUUCUUUUCCCGCUUUGUCUUUACAAUUGUUUGCAGCAGAGAUCGUAUUCUAUUUCAGAUUAAUAUGAUUGAUUAUUUCCUCUGA